AGAGGGUGUCGGGACAAACAACAGCUCUACAGCAGGCUUAGCAAGUGGGAAUUAAUGAAGAUCACUGACUGAGGAUUAUUAGGGAGUAGAGAAGCUGUAUAUCUGUGAUGCUGAGAAAGGGGGAGUGGGUGUGGGUGGACUCGGACAUCGGGGUACCCAUUGGAGCAAGACUCAAAGUAACACCAUCUGGUCAGCGGUUACUGGUGAACGAUGAGGGAAAGGAGCAGAGUCUAUCCCCGGGGCAGGAAGCCUCCCUUAAGAUCAUGCACCCUACAUCAGUGGAGGGUGUGGACGACAUGAUCAAACUGGGAGACAUGAAUGAAGCCGGCGUCCUCAGGAACUUGCUGCUCCGACACAAACAAGGCAUCAUCUAUACCUACACAGGCUCUGUGCUGGUGGCAGUGAACCCGUAUCAGGAUUUUCCGUUCUAUUCAGAAGAACAGGUGAAGUUGUACCAUGGUCGAAAGCUGGGUGAACUCCCUCCGCAUAUCUUUGCCAUCGCUGAAUCAUCCUACAGUAACAUGACACGCCAUCUCAGAAACCAGUGCUGCAUCAUCAGUGGUGAAUCAGGAGCAGGGAAGACAGAGAGCACUAAGCUGAUCCUGCAGUACUUGGCAGCAGUCAGUGGUGAGCUCUCUGAACAGAAGAUUGAAGAGCAGAUCCUGGAGUCUAACCCAAUACUAGAAGCGUUUGGAAAUGCUAAAACAAUCCGCAAUGACAACUCCAGUCGCUUUGGGAAAUAUCUGGAGAUCUUCUUCAAUAAGGACGGAGUGAUUGAAGGUGCUCGUGUGGAGCAGUAUCUUCUGGAAAAGUCUCGUGUUUGCCAUCAGGCCCCCGAGGAGAGAAACUACCACAUGUUUUACUGCAUGUUGGCAGGGAUCACAGAAGAGGAGAAGAAAACUUUGAACCUUGGAGAUGCUACAGAAUACACAUUCCUCAACAAGGGCCACUGUAUCAGGUGUGACGGCAGGGAUGAUGCUAAAGACUACAAACGUAUUUGUUUGGCGAUGAAAAUCCUGACCUUCUCAGAAAAAGAGUGUCAGGACAUCCUCAAGCUGCUGGCUGCCAUAUUACACCUGGGGAAUGUCUGCUUCGAGGGCCAAACAGAAAACAACUUGGAAACCAGCAAUGUCAGCAAGUCACAACACUUCAGCAUGGCAGCGUCGCUACUGGAGGUCAAGAAGUCUUCCCUGGCUAAGAGUUUGACACAUCGAUCCCUCAUGACCACCACAGAGAGGGUGACCAAACCCCUCAGCUCUCAACAGGCCUCUGACUGCAGAGACGCCUUUGUCAAGGCAAUCUACAAUAAGCUGUUCAUAUGGAUCGUUGGCAAAAUCAACAGUGUCAUCCACAAAAGAUUGACCAAGAAAAACCCAUCCUCCUUCCUGUCCAUCGGCCUGCUAGAUAUCUUUGGCUUUGAGAACUUUCACACAAACAGCUUUGAGCAGCUGUGCAUUAACUUUGCCAACGAGAAGCUGCAGCAGUUCUUUGUGGGUCACAUCUUCAAGCUGGAGCAGAAGGAGUACCAGAAAGAGGACAUUGUGUGGAAUAACAUUAAAUUUAGCGACAAUGAGAACAUCCUGGACCUCCUGGCUGCGAAACCCUGUAACCUUCUGGCUCUGAUUGACGAAGAAAGCCAUUUUCCAAAGGGUUCAGACUCCACUAUGCUGCAAAAGAUGAAUAAGCAGCACAAUGGGAACAAGGCCUACUUCGCUUCUAGAAGGGAACAUGACACAGACUUUGGGAUUUGCCACUUUGCCGGCAGGGUUUACUACAACUCCACAGGUUUCCUGGAAAAGAACAAAGAUGCUGUUAGUCCUGACGUAAUCAAGAUGGUUGAAGCCUCCGCCAAUAAGCUGCUCCAUCAGAUAUUUGAGAACGACCUUUCAACCAAUGGAGUGAAGAUUAGUAACAACAAGAAGGUCGUCAUAACACCUAAGAGCUCUCUGCGGGGCACGGUAGACAAACACAAACAAGUGGCGACACUGAGCGGUCAGUUCCGUCAGUCUCUGGACUCCCUCAUGAAGGCUCUGUCCAUCUGCCAUCCUUUCUUCAUUCGAUGCUUCAAACCCAACAAUGACAAGCAGUCCAAGAUGUUUGACAGAGAGCUGUGUAUGCGGCAGCUGAGAUACUCUGGCAUGAUGGACACCAUCCGCAUCCGGAAGCUUGGAUACCCAAUUCGCCACACCUUUGUGGAAUUCAUGAAGCGCUACAGGGUGCUCCUGAAGACGACCAUCUGCAACCCCCAAACUGAGACAGCUGCCGCCUGUUGUGAAGCCAUCUGCAAGACGGUGAUUAAAGAGGAGGACGAGUGGAAAAUAGGCAGGACCAAGAUUUUCCUGAGGGAUGCCCACGACGCUAUCCUGGAACGACUGAGGGAAAAUGAGCUCAGCAGGGUAGCUGUGGUGAUCCAGAGGGUCAUGAUGGGACACAAAGACAGAAAGUCUUUUCUGAAGAAGAAGAGGGCAGCUGUGGUGUUGCAGAAGCGCUGGAGGGCUUACAGGGCGGAGAAAAUGCGAAGAAAGAUGCAGCACGGCUAUGAACGGCUGAGAUCAAAGAUCCGCAGUCGGAAGCUGCAGUUACAGUACAGAAGAAAGCAGGAAGCAGCAGUCACCAUACAACGCCAGCUACGAGGCUACCAGGCGAGGAAGAGCUAUAAGCAGAAGAGAGAGGCAAUCAUACUGCUGCAGGCGUACACCAGAGGAAUGCGGGACAGAAAAACAGCUGAUAAGAUGAGGAAUGAUGCCAAUAUUUUACGCAUGGCGAAAGAGAGGGAAGAAGAAAUCACCUUGGAUCUUAAAAAGCGACUGAAAGUUCUCGCCGAAUCACAGUUGAUCGAAACUGAUGAGGAGCCUGAGCCACUCGUUGGACAGGAUUCAGAGGUGAACUCGUAUGAUCUCCAGCCUACACCUCCUCCUGUAGAAGAGGUCGUAAAGAAAUCAAAAUCAGAUGAAUCUAAGAAGAGUGUUAAGAAGAAGAGCAGCACACCUGAGCCGGUGGAGGAAAUCAGCCUUCCACCCUCCACAGAUCCUGAACCUGCCCCAUUGACAAAUGAGGACGAUGACGACUUUGAUGACGACAGCGAUGAGUUUUCAUUGUACAAGUUCAGCAUCCGUCACUUCCAGGACAAUGCUAGCCACAAACACAUCGCCCAGAGACUCAAGAAACCUCUUCUGCCCCAUGAUGACGAGGGCGAUGCACUGACAUGUCUGACUGUAUGGUGGAUUAUACUGCGUUACAUGGGCGACCUCCCAGAACCAAAGUCUCAAGACGCAGCGUCUCAGGCGUCGAGCACAAUCAUAUCACGUCAGCUGCCUAAUAGGCAAGGCCGGAGGCUGAGCAACCUGGUGGGACUGGACCAGAAAAUUCUGAGGAAGAACAAGAAAAAGCUUGGAACUGCAAACAGAAGAGCUUCUGCCAUUCCCGAGGAGCCAGAGAACUUGACAGAGGACGAGGACAUUUUGAUUGGAGAGGGUCCUAUGCUGGAUCGGCCACUUACAUCCCAGGAAAAACUCAACAUUAUCAUUGGAUACGCUCUAUCAAGAAAAGACAUAAGGGAUGAGAUUUACUGCCAGAUCUGUAAGCAGCUGGUGAACAAUAAGAACAGGAAGAGCCGAAUGCAAGGCUGGGGCCUUCUUUCCAUCUGCCUCGGGAUCUUCCCCCCGACAGACCUCUUCAUGAAGUAUUUGGAGAGUUUUGUCCGCAAAGGGCCAAGUGGUUAUGGAGAGUAUUGUACUGAGCGCCUGCGUCGUAUAAAAGCAAAUGGAGAAAGGAAAGAGUUGCCCUGUUGGACAGAGCUACAGGCUGUCAAGACCAAGAAGCCUAUAGAAGUGAAUGUGACUCUAAUGGAUGACCAAACUAUCAGUCUAAAUCUGGACUCAGCUUCCACUUCUGCUGAAGUCUGUCAAGCUUUGGCUGACAAGAUUGAUCUUCGAGACACAUAUGGAUUCUCCCUGUACAUCAGCCUCUUUGAAAAGAUGUGGUCUCUGGGCAGCUGUGGGAAACAUGUGUUGGAUGCAGUGUCUCAGUGUGAGCAGGAGAUGAGGAGACAGGGCAAGCUGGAGAAGAACACCCCCUGGACACUCUCCUUACGCAAGGAAGUGUUCACACCCUGGCAUGACUGCUCAUUAGACCCGAUCAGCACAAAUCUAAUCUACAGACAAGUCAUCAAGGGACUUAAGUCAGGAGACUACACCAGUGAGAAGGAGGAUGAAUACGUCGACCUGGCAGCAAAGCACUAUUACAUCCGUUUUGGCUCUGAAUAUGACAAAGACAACGUCAGGACAGUGGUUGAAGAGUGCAUCUCCACCCCACUUAUUGAGAGCAAAUCUAUGACAAAGUGGAUCCAACUCAUCAGCGCAGCAGUCAUAGAGGGUCCUUAUAGCAAGGGGGACCGGACAAAGGAAAAGGUAAAAGGAGAACUGGUCGACAUCGCCCAACAGAAAUGGGCCCUUCACUUCUCCAACUUCUAUGAAGUUACAAUGAUGUCAGGACCUCCUUUGCCCAAGAGCAGGUUUAUUGUGGCCAUAAACUCAGACAGUGUCCUCUUCAUGGAUGGAGGAGACAAAAAACUCCUUGAGCUUCCUUACCUAGAGAUAAAGGAAGUAAAGAUGUUGGGUGACAGCCAUUUCAGUUCUCAGUCGGUGACUUUGAACACAGUCAGAGGAGAGUUUGUCCUGAAGUCAGAGCAAGCUGCAGAAACUGAAGCACUUAUAAAGAAAAACCUGGAAGGGCUGAGACAGCGCUCACUGUACGCUCUGGCUCAGCAGGAUGUCAGCAAAGCAGAUGACCCAACGUUCCUGGUUUGUAAACGAGGGGACCUGCUGCUGUUAGAGAAAAAUCAAGAACAUUAUUCUGAUGAAAAAUGUUUUACGGCAAAAAACCAGCGGACGAAAGACAGUGGUAGAGUCAAUAAGCAGAUCGUGCAGUUUCUGCCGACUCUUAGCGAGCCCCCUGAAGAAAUGCUGGACCUGCUCAGUCCAGGCCAGAAGAAAACAGCAGCACGAAACUCCAUACAGAUAGAUGAAACUGUGGCACCUAUCUCUUUGAAAGAGUUUUCACUUGAGUAUUUCAGGCCUGCAAGUAAAGAUGUCGGUCGAGCCUCUAAAGGACUCAGGGAGAAGCUGUGGGUUUGUUCCAAAGAACCUCUCAAACAGCCACUGAUGAACAGCCUGGCCCGUAACUCUGAACUCAGCACCCUGGCUUGCAACGCCUACACUGCUAUCCUGAAGUACAUGGGCGACUACCCCAUCAAACAUGCUCGCAGUCCUAUAGACCUGACCGGACAGAUCUUUGGUCCAGCCACCCAACACGAAGCUCUACAGGACGAGAUCUACUGUCAGAUUAUGAGACAGAUGACCAGCAACAACAACAGGUUGAGUAUGGAGCGUGGGUGGCAGCUGAUGUGGCUGUGUUCAGGCUUAUUCCCACCCAGUCCCCAUUUGAUGAAACACGCUCUGCGCUUCUUAGAGUCGCGGCCCAGAGAUCUGCUGGCUGCUGACUGCCUGCAGAGGCUGCAAGAGAUGCGCAGUAAGGAGCCAAGGAAGUUUCCUCCCCAUUCAGUAGAAGUGGAUGCCAUCCAACAGAACAGCACCCAGAUCUUCCAUAAAGUCCACUUCCCAAAUGACACAGAUGAUAUAUACGAGGUGAAGUCGACAACCACUAUCAAAGAGAUGUGCACCAAUAUUGCCUUCCAUCUCAAACUGAGCUCAGAUAAUGGAUAUGGCCUGUACCUCAAAACACCAAACAAGAUGACCAGCAUGGAUGAGAACAAAUAUUUCUUUGACUGUAUAAGGCCGGUCACAGACCCUAACCCUAAGAAAGCUAAAAAAGUGAAAGAAGUCAACCAGACCAACAUACCCUACCUGGUGAUGUUUAAGAGGAAGCUCUGGUUCAAUGUGAGCCCGGGGAAAGACUUGGUUGCAGACCUCACUUUCCAUUUCCCUCAGGAGCUGCCUAAGUAUCUGCGUGGAUACCACAACUGCACCAAGGAGGACAUGAUCAACCUGGGCGGGCUGCUCUUCAGAGUGGAAGUCGAUUCAGACAGGUCACAGUUUGUCAUGAUCCCCAAAAUGCUGCGGGAACUGAUCCCUGCUGACGAGAUAAAAAUCAUGUCCCCUGAUGAAUGGAAGAAGAACAUCAUCUCCUCCUACAACAAGCAGAGUGGCAUCACGGUGCAGGAGGCCAAAAUUGCCUUCCUGAAAGCCAUUUCAAGUUGGCCAACCUUCGGCUGUGCCUUCUUUGAAGUUAGACAAACGUGUGAAUCCAGCUACCCAAAUAUAGUUAUGAUUGUCGUCAGCAAGCAAGGUGUCAGCCUAAUAGACCCAAAGACAAAGGAGGUGCUGAUCAUGCACCCAUUCAGCCGCAUCACAGAAUUCCAGAGCGAAAGUGGCUUCUUUGAGAUGACCAUUGGCACCCUGGUGAGGGGCGUAAACUUUGUCUGUGAAACCUCACAGGCGAGCACAAUAGAGGACCUCUUUAAAUCGUACAUCACCAUGUAUGAGAGAGAGAGAGACAUUCGAUCAAGGAAACAGAUGUUUUUAUGAGGCUUCCCAGGCAAAAGAAUAUACUGUGCUAUACUAAGUGCUGUGAUUUAUAUGCACUUUUGAUCGAUAUAUUUACAUUAAUGUGCUUGUAUGACAAAUUGUCCCUAAUACAGAUUAGAUCUACUAAACAAGAUAGUGAUAUUCAGAUGGCAUUUUCUAUUGUCUUGAUUGCAAUACCAAACGUGUGCCAAUGUGAGAACUGUUGAGUGUAUAAAAUGUGAAUUAAGGUUCAUGUAAAUUUAGCGGUAUUAAAUUGGUAAUAUAUCCAUUACAGAGUCAUUUAUUAACUAUCAAAGUCACAGACUCAAAAUGAAAAAGUAAAAUUCAAGUUUUUGCAAUGUUUUCAAGACAUAAAUGCAUUUAAAAAAUGACAUUUAUUAUGCCUAUUAUUGUUAGCAUUCUUCACUGAGAAAGUAAGCCUAUAAUACUAAAAGGGAAAUUGCUGCUCAUACCCAAUAUUUAUAAUAUCUAUAAUUAAUUCCCAUUCUUUUUAUGACUCCCAAAGGAAAUUGCAAAAUAAUGUACAUAUGUUUAUACACAGUUUUGAAAAAGGUCUAGUAAUUCUAAGUUGAGAUGGGUAAAAAAUAGUACAAAUCAAAAGUUACAUAUUAUUUAAGCAUUUAUAGUAUUAAAAUCAUAUUUAGGUUGUUUCCUGAUUCACUCGAGAGUUACAGUUACAGUUGCAGAUGUACUACUGUGUCUUCGAGGCUUAGUGAAAAUAAGUUGUUUUAACUGAUUUUUCUAUGGUCAACACAAUUCUUUGCUUAAUUCUGUUUUGUUCUUUAGAAGAAGAUAAGUGAAAUGUUAAGGUGUACAGUUGUAAAUGUCACUGAAGAGAACUUGCUAAUAACAUAUGAGCUGUAUUAAUUAGGCUAAGA